AUGGCUUCCAAUGGAGAAAGGCAUAACAACAAUGGCCGUGAACAUGCCCAAAAAGAGGUGGUGUUUGUUCUGAUACCCUUCCCAGCUCAGAGCCAUCUCAACCAGCUUCUCAACCUCUCACGCCUAAUUGUUUCACACAACUUACCAGUUCAUUAUGUUAGCACACUCAGCCACAUCCGCCAAGCCACACUUCGUUGCCACAACUCCACUUCAAACUCAAACAUUCAUUUCCACCACUUUGAAGUCCCUCCCUUUGUUUCCCCUCCUCCCGACCCCAACAGCAAUGCAGAAUCCAAUGGUUUUCCAACUCAUCUACUCCCCACCUUUGAGGUCUCUUCCCAUCUUAGAGAGCCUAUUCGGGAACUUCUUCAAUCCCUCUCAUCUCAAGCCAAAAGGCUCGUAGUUAUCCAUGACGCCCUCAUGGCCUAUGUUGCACAAGAUGCCACACAAAUGCCAAAUGUUGAGAACUACGCUUUUCAACCCACGUGUGCCUUUUACGCCUCCGUUUCCAGUUGGGAGAAAAGGGGAAAGCCCGAAGGCUUGCGUGUUCCAGAGCUGCUUCCUUCUCUGGAAGGAUGCUUCCCGAGUCGAUUCGUGGACUUCAUGAAUGCUCAAAGUCAGUUCUCUAAACUCAAUCAUGGCGACAUCUACAACACAAGUAGGGCCAUUGAAGGCCCUUACAUUGAGUUUCUGCAGGGUGUCGGUGGUGGCAAGAAGAUUUGGGCUCUCGGCCCAUUCAACCCUUUAGCCAUUGAGAAGAAAGAUUCAAAAGGAAUUAGGCACUCAUGCGUGGAGUGGCUUGAUAAGCAAGAGGCAAAUUCGGUGAUCUAUGUGUCUUUUGGGACCACGACAUCUUGGACAGAGGAGCAAAUUCAAGAGAUUGCCAGUGGGUUGGAACAAAGCAAGCACAAGUUCAUUUGGGUGCUGAGAGAUGCUGAUAAAGCAGACAUCUUUGAUGGUAAGGAGGCAAAAAGGCAUGAGCUUCCAACGGGGUUUGAGGAGAGAGUUGAAGGCACGGGGCUAGUUGUGAGGGACUGGGCACCUCAAUUGGAAAUUCUGAGCCACUCUUCAACAGGAGGGUUUAUGAGUCACUGUGGAUGGAACUCUUGUUUAGAGAGCUUAACCAUGGGGGUCCCAAUAGCAGCAUGGCCUAUGCACUCUGACCAGCCAAGAAACACAGCUUUGAUGACACAGGUGCUCAAGGUUGGUUUGGUUGUGAAGGAUUGGGCCCAAACGAAUGGGAUUGUUAGUGCUUCGGUUGUUGAGAAUGGUGUGAGAAGGUUGAUGGGAACGAAGGUAGGUGAAGAGAUGCGGGAGAGAGCAGUGAAGCUUAAAAAUGCCCUCCAUAGGUCCAUGGAUGAAGAUGGAGUUACUCCCAUGGAAGUGAAUUCUUUCAUUGCUCACGUCACCAGAUAG